GGCCAGAACUGGCAAACGUAGCAAAAAAAUCAUUUSAACAGACACUGUGAUCGUUAAAUAGCAAGAUUGUGACCUACAAGGUAUCGUUUUGAGUCUCCAAAGUACUCUAGAAGAUAUAUAACGUUAUUCUGAUUCUAUAGGGAUGUAAAUGAACACGAGAAAACACGGAAAAAAGGUCGCUGAUUGAUCAAAGUUAGAAGAGAUACCGUGCUCAAGAGAACUCCCAAAACAAAUAGAACAUUUUAUCAACAACACAAGUUUUAUUUUUGUUCGCAAGGUCGAAGUAAAGAUGUCUUAUGAAAACGUUCCUUGUGCAAGCCCAGACGAAACAGACGGACAAGAAGAACCGGCUCCCUCUUUGUAUAGUGUUGACUCGCAUGAAGAUAAAAUUCGCUCGGUCAAGCAACCUUUGUCAACCCCAUCUAGACUAGCAGAAACUGCAAAUAUUGAAGAUCAUGUUAUCAUGAACGAAGAGGAAAUCGCCCAAGUUCGAGAUUCAAUGCAAAGACGAGAUAUUUAUAGUCAAAGUCGUUCGACAUCGAACGAGAGAAAAGCCGAUGAGGCGAUGAAACAUUUAGACGAAAGAAAGACUUCUGGAACAUAUCACAAGUGGAUUGACCUGAAUUUACCAAAUGCGAAAAACAAUCAUCUCUAUGGGAGCGAACAUCGGUCAAACAACGCUGAGGUCCCAAUGAAUGAGUUUGCAGUCGAGCGUGGGGCAAGCGUCAUCAAACGCACAGUGAAGGAAAUGUCGCCUGACAAUGAAAACCGGAACAUCCGCAAAGUGGGAAAAGACGAAUACUUAAAACUUCACUGUAGUGAAAAACUUGAUCCGUCAGGAGUUGUUCACAAUAAUACGCGUGCAUUUUAUUAUCGCAAUUCCCAUGAAGAUAUGAAAGCACCUGUAAUAGUCCGAGAUAGCAGCAAAGACGAAUAUGACAGUGAUAACGAAAAACAUCAAAAGUCUCAGGAACAUCGUGCUGUUCCUCAAGUGUUUUACAUGCACCAUCCCAACUCAGUGGCGUUAUCGCAAGCAGGAAAAUUGGGGGCACMACCACCAUUGGGUGUUUUGUCAGCCCAUGCUCACUUACUUCGUAAUAGGUUUGCUGACAACAGGCCUAUUCAUGGACAAAGGACAGAAUAUGCAUCCAACAGACCUGAACAACAAGUUCCUGUUGCUAACAGCUCAGCCGAUUCAGCUGAACAUUCAAGAUACGGAAGCAUCCCUCCACAUAGUGGUAUACAGUAUGUUGAUAGACAGGGUUAUGUACAGCAAGGCUUUGCUUUAUUGCCUGGAAUAGGGCCUGUUAGAGUUGUUGAUGGCAUGUAUUACUCUGGUAUUCCCAUGGGUCGCGACUCAAGUCACUAUGAAAAUUUUGGAGCUGUUCCUACAUUCRUACCAAAUAUCCAAGGAGAUGCUCCUGUUUUACAUCAACAAAGACAACCUAUAGUAACAAGCACAGGAAGCUCAAACACUGAACAACCAGCCUCACAAAGUCAGGAUAAAAGUCAGAACAACAAGACUUUUGUCAGCCCUGCCUCCCCAUCUCCAGAAGAAACCAAGAGAUGUGAUACCCAGACAGUUAAAAGUGAGCGAGAUAGUCCAGCACCAUAUGAAGACCUUGACAAGAAAGCUCAAGUUACCAAACACAAAGGCAGGCCCAAACCACUGCCUGGAUCAAAGCCAGAAAUAAAAUGUGAGCAGUGUGGUAAAAUCUUUGGGUCUUCUAGUGCCUUAGCCAAGCAUAARCUGACUCAYAGUGAUGAAAGGAGAUAUGUAUGCCAUAUCUGCAGUAAAGGAUUCAAAAGACAAGAUCACCUCAAUGGCCAUAUGGUUACGCACCGUGACAAAAAACCAUAUGAAUGCAGCUUUCAAGACUGUGACAAGAGCUACUGUGACAUGAGGUCACUUCGUCGACACCUAGAAAACCACCAUGCUAAUGGACAAGGAGCAAAUGAAGGGGGAAGUAGAACAUCCAGCCCUGCUCUUACAGCUGUAGAAACAACUGGAAACAACUCUACUGCAGCUACAAGUGAAACACCAAGAGUUGUUAUCAAACCUGGAAGAGGUCGACCACCUAAAGAUAGAAGUGUCAAACCUGAUGGACUUCGUCUUGAUUCUCUUGAAUGUGAAAGUGGUAAAAGCUCUGGAACUUCUACGCCAGGAAGCAAUCAUGAUGUUGUGGUUGUACGUGACCAGGCUACUAUGGUAACAGCCAGAGAACGCAGCAGUGAUAGUCUUAGCUCAACAGGAUCUGAAGAUGUGGUGAAUACUGACAAGCAUGCAGACAGUAGACAAGCAACUGAAGAAAGCAAACCUCACACAGCUAUUGAYUUGUUAAAACAAGCAGCAGAGAGAGCUCAAGAGCAGAGGGAAAAACAGAAUAUAGAGMGAUAUCCACAACAGCAGUAUGUCAUGUAUUCAGAYGGUUCUCUUCUGUAYCCACAAUGGUACCAACCAUCAAUGUUUGCUGGACAAGACCCAAGGUUUAAUGCUGUGUAUCAGUAUCCACAAAUCUUUGCUGCACAGCCUGGAUAUCAUAGUACACCAAUGAUCAUUAAUAAUCAAAGACAUAAUAUUCCAGCAAGGGUAUAUACUGAUGGUGAUGGAGAACAAUCUAAACAACAACCCACGGUAACAAAGCAAGCAAUGCAGCGCUCUCCGUCAGUGGAGUUUUCACCUUCGUCUACCCCUCAAGUACAGUUUGUAAGACAACCUGGACAACAAACUGCUGGUACACCUACUGAUCCAACUGCAAUUGCCAUAGCAACAGCUAAAGAUAUAGGACAACAGUUGUUUACAAGAGAGGCUUAUUAUGGUGUUCAUCCAUCAGGGACACAAUGGCAACAGGUUAGRUAUGAUGAUUCAUCAAACCAAUACAACAAAUCAGACAAUAGUAAUAUGGGUAAUGUGAAGACAUCAUUUGGUCAUGUCCGUUCACCAAGYAAUAGUAGUACRUCAAGUGAAGUAGAUGGAGACAACGUUGAACAUUACCCAAGAGGUAUGCAUUACGCACCUGGUGUACAAGGAUAUGAAAGAAAACCUGGAGAUACCAACUAUUCCAAGAAAGACCACAGCUUUCAUCAUGUCCCAGAAGGWACUAGCCCAUCAGAAGAACACAAAAAUGACACCAAAGACAAUGGAAUCUUUAGAAACCCAGCUGAGAUUGUUACACCUCGGCAAAAGCAACGUCGCAGACCUGAACCACUGAAAAUUCCUGCAUCUGUCAGUACAUAUCAACCUAAUCAUCCUGUCCCUGGUUCGCCGCCUUACACACCACCACCGAUGUUAAGUCCUCGUAGCUUUUACAGUCAUGUUAGUGCAACAGGGAGUUUAACACCAAGGUCUAGUCAACUACCCAUGACUCCAAGCAGACUCCUGUUAAGCAGYCGGAGCAGAACAAGUAUCGAUGGAGAACUGGAAGAAUCAGUUGUCUUCCCAGAGCCGAAAAUAAACAUUGGUCCACAAUUCCAGGCCAAGAUCCCAGAUAGAGUUUUACCAAAAGAAUUUGCCAAGAAUGAUGUCCAUAAAGCAACCAUGGUCUGGAACUUAAUGGAUGAAAAGAAAAAAGGCAGAACACAAGAAAUCCAAGCAUUUUUAGAAAUGUCUGCCUCAUGUGCAAUCGUUGGUGGAAGYUCCAACAAAGAGUACGCCCUUCACAUUCUUCAGAGAACAAAAGGAAAUAUAAAAGAAGCUGUCAGGUUGCUCUUAAACAAAAAAUAUGUCACUUCGUCAUCAGAUCCCAUGUACGAUUAUCACUAUGAAGGUUCUGUUAAGUGGUCAGCAAGAGAACGACAAACAUUCCGCAAUGCAUUCAGAACCAAAAAUAAAGAUUUCAAUGAUCUCCAGAAAGAGAUUGGUACAAAGGCUGUGGCUGACUGUGUCGAGUUUUACUACCUAUGGAAGGCUAACAAUCCUGAGGCAGUUCGUGGUCGUACAAGAUAUGUYGAUUCCUCGUCAGAAGAAGAAUAUGAGGAUGAUACUGGUAGUGACACAAACAGCAAUCCAUCACUGUUUGAAUGUGACUUUCCCCAAUGUAGUGCAAAAUUCGUCUCGAGGCAAGCUCUGAAUGGCCAUAUACGCGUCCAUGGAGGAAGCUUUAUGAAACCAAACGAGCCCAGAAAAAGACGAAAUCCCACAACCACAACUACGCAAGAUGGCGAACCAGUUGUAGUUAAACGACCACGCAAACCGUACGUUCCGCAACCAAUGCCACAGCCAUUAGUAGAAGGAGGUCCUUUACCAGAAUACGCCUGCAAAGUGUGUGGAAGAAUCUUCCACAAGAUAAAAAGUCGGUCGGCGCACAUGAAAACACACGUAAAGCGACCCGAUGACGAUCACAAGCACGAUAUGCAACACUAAGUACGAUAAUUGUCCGACAUUAGUACGAUGCUGCUCCGAAAUCUACGAUACCAGUACGACUUCACUGAGAAACUAGUACGACACAUCACGGAUUUCACACGAGCCAUAGCGGUGUUGGUGAAGAUUUUUAAGAGAUUGGGUUGGGUAGACUGUUGAGUUUGUCGGUAUAUAGAGAUGGGAGGAAUUAUUAUUUGACGGAGAUAGUAUAAAUAAUACAAACACCAAUGAUCUCACGGCAUACAGUGCUUAUAAUGUAGGCUUUGCUACCAGAGGCUUCUUUAGAUUUCUCUGCAAUUCGCGUUUGGGAUAGAAUGCAGGGUUGAACCUCUGUUAGUGAGAGUCAGUUUUAAUUUAUUAUAAUUUAUGGUGAGACUGUACGUCUACAGGCAAUUCAUCAAUAAUGUAAAAUACUAUUUAUAUUCUGUGGAGGUAUUUUCCAUCUCCAUAUAUGUAUAGCCGGAAUAUUUUUAUUGUUGUCUUGCUAUAUGGGCUUUAUACUCGCGACGAAAAUUAUUGACCGACACGUAAUGGUGUCUGUGAGCCAUACACAAGAUAGUUUCCUCUGUUUUCCUUUAUAUCGUUUAUUACUAUCAAUUUYAGCGUUUUCUUUUGAGAAAAAAUUAAGACCAUCCCUUUGCUUCAUUGUUARGAGGAUUUCAAUAGGAAAAUUUCGAGGAAACUUUCUUGUUUUGUAAUUUCGGUGAUAAUUGUUCACCAUUCAAAGCCUAAAGAAUAUCACGUUUUGUAUUUAGUACUACAUACACAGGUUUUAAUACCAGUAAUAGCCUKGUAAUUCCCAAUUGUUGCCCAGGGUAAGCGGAUCUUUGUCUGUGUGGGCGACUUCAAGUAAGGCGUUAAAACGGUUUUUGUACAAGUUAAUUUUUUAGUUAUUUUUUCAAUAACUGUCUACAAGACUUUUUCUGAAAAUUUCUUGGGGUUUGUAUAUUUUAUUGUUACAAGCAAUCCUCGGAAAUGGAAAUUGUUUUGCAACUUUUGCACAGAUAAAAAAUGCACAAUUUCAUCUCGUUAUGAAAGUUAGAUUGGUCGUUCAAACCGUGAGAAAUGAAACGAGAAAACGAUGAYUGUCUACUACUUUGACGGCGUGUUUUAUCUGUGCAUCUUCGAGAAGAAAACUAAAUUGAGUUAAUUUAUUGUUAUUUUUGAGCUGUGCUCAUUUUAAACAGCCUCUAACUGCAGGCAGUUCCGUGUUGGUUGGCUGAAGGUUGAUUAUAUACUGGUUGUAAAUAUAUUGUAAAUACGUUCUACUGGUACUAAAUAAUGAAAUAAAAUUUAAACUAGGUAAAAAA